UAUUGGAAGACCGACGCACUACAUGAAGCACAGCGCGGCUCACGCACGCUCACCGGAACAACAACGCUGCUGAGAUAAAUUCUGGUGAAACCCCUCCAACCGUAGAGGCAGCACGUCAAAAAAUCUGCCCGUUCCAACAUCCGUCGUCACCACCAAAAAUGUCUCAGCAACCAGGCGGCGUCGUGGGCAAAAUGCUCUGGCUUGUCCCGCGCUAUGUAGAAGAGCACGGCACGCUGAUGAGACUGGGCGCCAUUCUUACAGACCCGACGGACCUCGAAUCCGCCUGCAACCUCGAUCGCAUCCCAGUCAUCCCUCCCAAAGCGCGUCGCAAUGCGACGCCGCACGUGCGGAACUACGUGCACACCCAGCUCAGCAAUCGCAACAGCGUGCUUGCCAAAGCGGUGCCGGAGCUGCCAUACUUCCAGGCGGGUCUGUCAGCCGACGCGACGUGGAAGCACGACGCGGACACGACGCUCGAGGCAAUGGAUAUCAAAGCCGAGGUGUUCAUCCCUGACAAGGACUUUAUGCGUGAGGCGCUCAGCUGUGACGCCGUUAUCGCCGAGAUGAGGAAAUGCUUUUUCAAGAAAUCAUUCUACAUGAUAGUUGGCGUCGCGACGGCGCGAAACCUAACACUCAACGAGAAGCUAGGUAGUGAGCGCAGGAUCGCGGCAUCGGCGCAUGCGCAAGCUACCGGGGUUGCGGGCGCAGGCGAGCUUGGGUUUGAGCGUGAGAGAACGGCGACGGCUGAGGGGAACCUUGCGGUCACGCAAGAGUGCGAUUUUGCCUUUCGACUUAGAGAGUUUGUGUAUUCCAAUAUUAGCGGGGUGAGGGACAAGGGGAACUAUGGCGAAAGUGCAAUGUUCGGAGAGGGCAAGAGCGGAAAGACGGCGCAGCAGGAAGAUGUAGAAGAGUUCCCGGAAUUCUUAUUUUUCAUGGAUGAAGACGAGGAUGCGUCGGAUGUUCUCUCGCUUCCCAUUGAAGAUAAUGGCCCCAAUUCCUUGUAGAUAGACUAUCUUUGUCUAUGGAGAGC